AAGAAGCAUGGCGCCAAAAUUUAUAUGAACCGUUAGUUAGUAGUUACUCUUGUUUUCUUCCUAAGCUUACAUUUUCUUCUAUCUCCAAAAAUUUGAGAGCUCACGUUUUCUUCAACCCCAAGAAAAAGAAAAAGAAAAGAAAGAGCAAGAAAUUACGUUUCUUUAGAUUUGAGAGCAAUGGACCAAAAUCCCAACUUUGUUCCAGGCAAGAUAUAUGUACGCGGUUUAUCACCAACCACAAGAUAUGAUGAAGUUAGGAAGUACUUUUCUAAAUAUGGCAAUGUUGAGAAAUGUACCGUCAGGGAGGACCGCAACCCGAGGCGGAAUCUCAGAAUUGGGUUUGUAACUUUUAAAGAUGUCUCUGUGGUUGAUAGAGUCAUUGUGGAGAAUCAUGUUAUUAAUGGUUGUCAGGUUGGGGUUGAAAGAUGCCUGGGGAAAAGGAAUGUUGAUGAUACGUUUCCGGCAAACAUACUUUAUGUUUAUGGAAUUCCUGGAACUGUGCCUCCAGGUUUUUUGGCAAAUUUCUUUAGUGAUUAUGGACAAGUCAGUUUAUGCAGCAUAGAAAGGGAAAAAGGCCAUGGAUCCAUUUACUUUGAGUCUCCUCAGCAAGUUGAUGAUCUUAUAGCACGUUUUGGGAAUUGGAUUAAUUUUCAUGGAUUUAAAUUGGAAAUAAGCAAGCAUCUCCAAAAAAGGGGACCAACGGUUCCAUGUAGGGUAAGUGUUCCAUUGAUUGCUGCUAGAGCCGAUCCUGGUCGAAUGGCUGUUUCUAACCCGGCCGGGGGAAGCACGUCGAGUGGCAGGGUGGUUCAAAAUCAGUUGUGGCAACCUUAUGGAAGCUAUGGUACUAUGGUACCCUCUGUAGCAUUUCCUAAUUCCAUUGGUUAUGGACAAUACUAUCAUGUUCCUAUAGAAGAAGGAGGGCAAGGUGGUGGUGCAAUGAGACAGAAUUUUUCUACUUUUGCUGAAGCCAAUGUCUCUCAAGGGGCUAGUAGUAGUGGAGGUGGUGCCUUGAAUGCUGGCCAUGAUAAUCCAAAGGUGUCAAAGGAAUAGAUAUAGAUGAUUUUGUUCUUCAUUCAUGACAUUUGUGGUUACUAGUAACUUUUUUUAGUUUUUUAGUUCAUUUGAUUACUUCAUGUUUUAGAAUUGUGUUAGUUUACUACAUGAAAAGAUUGUGCAGAUAGACAUGGUUCUGUUCUUCAUUCAUAACAUUUGUGUAUAUUGAAACAUCUUGGGAUUUUGUUUCGGGCUUAUUUUAGUGACUUUUU